CGCCGACAUACUGCCUGCUGGGAUGUAGUUCUCCACCGGAAAACUACAAAUAUUAUUAGAAAUCGGAGAUCACUUACGAUCUCGGCGAUAACUCGUCGAAAGGAUCCGCUACCAUCGUUCACUUUGGAGGAGAAGGGAGGGAAGAGGCGCGUUGCCAAAAUGAUGGAAGAAAUAGACAGAUUUCAAGUGCCGAGUGCUGUACAGGAGGCGGAGAUGCAGGCUGAGAUGCAGCCGCUGGACCCUGCCUCGUCCACAGCUUCAGAGGCUGACUCAGACACCAGAGAGGGGGAGCCUGUCACUAUAAACUACAAGCCUUCACCUUUGCAGAUGAAAAUAGAGAAACAGAGAGAGCUGGCUAGGAAGGGCUCGCUGAAGAACGGCAACGCUGUAGGUAGUCCGGUCAACCAGCAGCCCAAGAAGAACAAUGUCAUGGCCAGAACACGGUUGGUAGUUCCCAAUAAAGGCUAUUCGUCUUUAGACCAGAGCCCGGAUGAGAAGCCUUUGGUGGCCCUAGAUACAGACAGUGACGAUGACUUUGACAUGUCUAGAUACUCCUCGUCGGGAUACUCUUCAGCCGAGCAAAUCAAUCAAGAUUUGAACAUUCAGCUGCUGAAAGAUGGCUACCGCCUUGACGAAAUCCCCGACGACGAGGACCUGGAUCUGAUCCCACCCAAAUCAGUCAACCCUACCUGCAUGUGCUGCCAGGCAACCUCCUCUACCACCUGUCAAAUACAGUAACUCUGCCUUUCAAGCCUUCUGCCCCCCCCCCCCCCCCCCCUCCCCCCCCCCCCGCUCUUUUCCACACGACAUGAGCUCCCCUGCCCUCCCGUCUUUAUCUGCUGUGACUUUACUUCGCCAUGACAGUGGCGACAGUGAAACCUUGUUAGAAUAUCGUAAGUGCUAUGAUGAUAUUGACAACAACAAAUAAUCAAAUUACCUUAUAGAAAAGUUGGUUUAAAAUCUAGGAGAAUGAACAUAUUUGAAAUUAAUCAAUAUGUAAUAAAAAGAUUAGUAAAGUGGUGGUUUCCUCCUAUGGUAGGACUUGCACUUGUGUUUGAGAGCUCUUCUCCUGGUCAACAUGAUUUAACAUAACACACUGAUAAAAGCUGACAAAAAAGAAAAGUUUGUUUGAUGCUCUAAAGUGAUUUCAGUUUCCCAGAAGAAUAAGAAACAUUAUCAUAACUGACUCAGCUGUUCUGUUUACCUGAAUUCUGAGAUGCAUAUAUAUAUAUUUUAUUUUCUAGUUUGUUUGUUAGUUUUUUUUAUUUAAACGCUUACUUUUUUUAACCUGAGGGAUAAUUAAUAUUGAAUGUGCUGAUGCUCAGAUAUGUGAUUGUGUCGUAGAAGUCUGAUUCUCCAAACAGAGGAAACUGCAUUGUUGUUGUACCUUAAGGGGUUAAUAUGUAGCACAGACCAGGUCAUUGCACUCAUUAAAACCACCUUCAAUACUUCUGCUCUCUUUGCCUAAAUGGCAAAGAGAGAUGUGGCAUCACAGAGUUUAGGAGUGAAUGUAUGAAAUCGAAUAGCUGAGGAACAAACUGCAUGAAGAGCAUCUGACUGAAUAAUCCAAUGGUAAAUAAUGAGCAAGUAGCUUUUUUGCACCACAGUUAAUUUGUGCAAUCACAUGCUACUGUUGUUGCAUUGUUUUCAAUUUGCACAUUUUGCUUUUUACUUUUUUGGGGAGCCCUUAUCAUUGUACUGUUUCCUGCAGAGCAGUGAAAAUGAACUGUGUAGAAAGGGAUGAUUACAUAUUGUUUCUUGCUCUGAUCCCCACGUUGUCAAGGCCAAAGCAACCUGAUGAUCACCGGACACUCCCUCCUUCCCAUUUCUGUGUCAGUGCCACAGAUCAUUAGGUGAACACAGGUUCACACACCAGAGGAGGUGUACUUCGAAGUGAGAUUAAUGAGCUAAUGAGCUAUCUUAAGCUUAAAGUCAGAGAUUUCAGUGUUAGAAAGGUUGCUCUCUUUUAACCUGACUAAAUCACCAUGGUAAAUACUGCUGAUUGCAAAAAAAAACGAAAGCCAGACUUAACAAAGGCAGCUGACAGCCACUGUUGUGGCAUUUUAGGUUUUGUCAAGCCAACUAACACAAAGAUUGCCUGGCUAUGUUGAAUUUGCUUCGUGGUAUACAUCUUAGAAAGAUGACUCAACACACACACACACACAUGCAUGCAUAAAGACCUACAAUGCCAAAAUAAUAAGUGAGACAGCAUCGAUUUCUGUUUCAAACAGAAUGGAAAUCGUUUAUUGCAACAUCAAGGAUCGUUGACUUGGAGCACUAAUGCCCUUCAUUUACGACUCUCUUUCCUCUAAAUUAGCUGUUGAUUUGCAAUUAGAGUAUGCCUUAAGUAUAGAAAAAACUUAAAAGAUGUCUGUGUUCCAUCUUGAUUAGUUUAUUUGAAGAGCAUUUGCUGUCUAAGAAGUUCUGCUUUUUUUUUUUCUUUUUACAUUUAGACACAAGUGAUAACUGUUUUUCUUUUCUUUUUUUAAAAAGAAAAAAAAGAUUUUCUUGUAACGUAAACACUUCCAUUACAGUAUUUAACAAUGUUAUGUGCAGUGUAUGAAAACGACAAAUAAACAAAAUGCAAAUGAAA